ACAGUGGGAUUACUUUCCAUAUUUCAGUUGUCUUGGGAAAAUAAAAAUAGUAUAAGAACUUUGAAUGUGAAGAAACUAACAAUGACUAACAACUAUUAAAGUGAAACACAAUGUUCACUUCAUAGCUGUGAGUCUGUGACCUGCUCUGAAUUUAAAUCAAAUAUGAAAGCCUAAACUCUGUAUUAAACAAAAUUUACUGGACUUAAAUUGUGUUAAAGAUACUCUGACAUUAAUAUGGAUGUGCAACUGAAAGCUGUUGCUGUAACUUACUCAAACCUGAUCCUUCAGUUUACUCUCACUUUCUAAGAGUAAGAUAAACAUUAAAGAUAAUAGAAAUCCUAAAGUCGCUGACUACCACCCCUGGAGUCGUGAGAUAGAAUCCAGAGUGACUCAAGCCAGGUCUCCUAAGCAAUCAAAUUGGCCCAGUUGCUAGGGAGGGUAGAGUCACAUGGGGUAACCUCCACAUGGUGGCUAUAAUGUGUGGUUCUCGCUCUUGGUGGGGUGCGCGGUGAGUUGUGCAUGGAAUGCCGCGGAGAAUAGGGUGAAGCCUCCACACGCGCUAUGUCUCCAGUAACGCCCUCAACAAGCCACUGAUAAGAUGCGCGGAUUGACGGUCUCAGAGGCAGAGGCAACUGAGAUUCAUCCUCCGAAACCGGAUUGAGGCGAGUCACUACGCCACCAGGAGGAUUUAGAGCGCAUUGGGAAUUGGGCAUUCCAAAUUGGGGUGAAAAAAACAUUAUUAUGUUUAAUUAAUUGCAAUGACCUGAAAAAGAAUGAUUAUUAUUUACAUUUAAUAAUUUUAUUCAUUUUAAGAAAUUUAAUCUGUAUAAAGAUAUCAGUAUGCGACCAGUAUGCAACAACGCAAUUUUAUGACAUGUACUAUGUUUUUACCUACUGAAAUGCAUGUGUUUAGUACGUACUGUUGUAGGCGUGUGUGAAUUGAGACACAGAGCCAGAGAUCUUCUAUCCACAAUUUUCCUGUGCAACCACUGGGCAUCGUCAUGAUUCUAAUUGCCUGUUUUGUAUUUCUGGUUUUGAGGCGCCAAGUAAAAACUGCCAAAACGAGCGAUCCAGAGGACAACACAACCAUUUAUGUGUUACUUGGUACUGGAGUAAAAAUAAAUUUCAGGCUCAACUUGUGCAGUUGUUGGCUGUAAUAACAACUUAAUGAUAUCAACUUUACUAACCUCGGACCAUCGUUUCAUGUCAUACACACACACACUCUCUUUAAAAAAACAAAAAAAGGUCGACUUUUUUUUUCUUUCAUCUCGACUCUUAAGUAUCAGCAUGUUUUAUAUAUAUAUUGAGAUAUAAGUGUUAAACUGAGGGUGGAUAGCGCACUAAAGCUAGUGGCAACACAGCGCUUGGGUUUGAAAUGUCAUUUCCAUCAGCUGUUAAACGGCGAACGCUUCCGUGUAGUAAAAAAAAAAAAAAAAGUGUUCCAUUUGGGACUAUAUUACACUUUGAAAAGACAUACACUACAUGGCUGAGUGCAUAGUAUAUUUUGUAAGUGCAUAGUGUGUCAUUUGGGACACAGCUUUAGGAAUAGAGCGUAACGGUCAACCAGCGUGUUACGACAGUAAAUUACCUUUUGCGGAUACCAUACAAAUUAUUGGGGAGAGCCGUAAGCUGUCACGUGCCUAUCGCAAAAUUGUCCGUGUUUUCUCUUAUAAAACAGCAAUCGUAGUAAACUCCACACAUAGUUAAUUCCAAAAGGAUUGUUUAGCGUACAACAUGUUGAAGAGUAGUUGACAAGCGGUCAGUUCAUUAAGUGAUGAACUGUUCACUCACAAAAGCAGUUUAAUCAGCACGCACUGAAGUAUCUUAUCCAUAGACAUCCAUUACAAAACGGCCUCUUGUCUCCUCGCCAGUGUAUCGCCCACAUAAUAUCUAUGGGACCACCGCGCUAUGCAUUGCUAUACUAACCAAGGAGCUCUAAGAUGCUAACCUUAUAUGCUCCUCUUGAUAGCAGGGCUCUGGCAGAGCUCUGUAAACGGAAGGCGGUCCGUUCACUAAUACUGCUCGACUACACACUCAUCAAACAUCUGACCUUAUGAUAUCUUCUCCGAACAGGACAGGUCACUGUUUCUAACAGUCAGCUCUAGAAACUACUAUAUGAUUGUAAGUCCAUUCAGAAUGCCUGGAUCACUCCCUACAAGUUGUGAAGCCACAUGGCCUAAAGAUGUGGGAAUCAUUGCGAUGGAGGUGUACGUGCCCUCUCAAUAUGUGGACCAAUCAGAGCUGGAGGAGUUUGAUGGCGUGGGAGCUGGUAAAUACACCAUCGGGCUGGGGCAGGCACGAAUGGGCUUCUGCUCGGAUCGUGAGGACAUUAACUCUCUGUGCCUGACAGUCGUGCACAGCUUAAUGGAGAGAAGCGGCCUGUCGUACGACAGUGUUGGGAGACUGGAGGUGGGCACCGAGACCAUCAUUGAUAAGUCAAAGUCUGUAAAGACUGUCCUGAUGCAGCUGUUUGAGGAGUCGGGCAACACAGACGUGGAGGGAGUGGACACCACUAACGCAUGCUACGGAGGAACAGCAGCUCUCUUCAAUGCUGUUAACUGGGUGGAGUCCAGCUCUUGGGAUGGUCGCUAUGCCCUGGUAGUUACUGGUGAUAUUGCUGUGUAUGCCACAGGCAGCGCCAGGCCAACAGGAGGGGCUGGAGCUGUGGCCAUGUUAGUCGGACCGAACGCCCCUUUGGCCUUUGAGAGAGGGCUUCGUGGAACACAUAUGCAGCAUGCGUAUGAUUUUUAUAAGCCAGAUAUGGUGUCGGAGUAUCCAGUGGUGGACGGCAAGCUCUCUAUCCAGUGUUACCUCAGUGCAUUAGAUCGAUGCUACUCUGUCUACAGGAACAAGAUCCAUGCCAAGUGGCAGAGAGAGGGUCUCGAAAGGCGUUUUAGUCUUGAAGACUUUGGCUUUAUGGUGUUCCACUCUCCUUACUGCAAACUGGUGCAGAAGUCUCUGGCUCGUCUAAUGCUCAAUGAUUUCCUCUCUCAUCCCAGUCCAAACACAGAGAACGGCCCCUUUAGCGGACUGGAAGCUUUCAGGGAUGUGAAGGUUGAGGACACUUAUUUCGACAGAGAUGUGGAGAAGGUCUUUAUGAAAGCCAGCUCAGAACUGUUUGAGCAGAAAACAAAGGCGUCUUUACUCUUAUCAAAUCAGAAUGGCAACAUGUACACACCAUCAGUGUACGGCUGUUUGGCAUCAGUGCUCGCACAACACACACCACAGCAGCUGGCAGGACAGAGAAUUGGUGUGUUUUCUUACGGCUCAGGCUUUGCUGCUACGCUGUACUCCAUCAGAGUCACACAAGACGCUACACCUGGCUCUGCAUUGGAUAAGAUGGUAUCCAGCCUGUGCGACCUACAGGCCAGAUUGGACUCCAGAAAGAAAGUUUCACCCACUGUAUUUGCUGAGAUCAUGAAGCUCAGAGAAGAAACCCAUCAUUUAGCAAACUACAUCCCACAAAGCUUUGUUGAUGAGCUGUUCCCAGGAACGUGGUACCUCACUCGGGUGGAUGAAAAGCAUCGUAGGCAGUAUGCCAGACGCUCAAUGAAUGAUGACGGACCUCUGGAGGCAGGACUGGUCAAUUCCAGCAUUGCAACUGAGCAUAUUCCCAGCCCUCUGAAGAAGAUUCCUCGUAUCCCUACUACCACAGCUGGCCCUGAGGUGGUCGUCAUUAGUAACGGGGAUCAUUAAGUUGACCUCUUUGAGGUGCACAUAAUGACAGGUCACAUGAUCUGUAAAAGAAACAAGCAAAAAAAGGGCCCCACAACUGUUGCUAAAGACAUAUCGUUGAAUGAUCUGAAACACAAACGCUUUUUAAAUGUUCCAGGACUGGAUUUGUUUGACCACCACUGUUUAAGAUGGCAGAGGGAGAUUUUGGAAAUGAAGUGUUAGUACAUGGAAAUGUUUCUCUGUUUGCUGCCCAGAUUUCUCUAUGCAGAUAUCCUAAGUUGUUUAAUAGCUUCAAGUUCAAUAAUCUGCCUGUUGGCAUUUCACAAGCUCCAUGUUGUCUUUUGUUAGCAUUAAGAUAAUGCAAACUUUUUAAAGCAGAAGUUUUAGAAUCACCAAGAACAAGAGGGUUCGGGCAUCGUAACAUUGAUGCCUUAAAAUGACAUGUAUCCCUGCCUGUUUUUAAUUGAUCUAAAAGCUGCUGUUUUCACGCUUCUCACAUCUGUAUUAUUAUGUCCCCCACCAGCUGUCAGAAUACCUCUGUUUUUGUUAAGUCCUUCUGUUAUAAAACACCUUUUGUAGUCUUAUCAACAUGACCUUGUCAGGGAAGUGUGCCUGGAUUUCAUAUUAAUGAGCCAUAAACUUUAUAAGUUUUAUAGGUUUUUAAUUCUACAGGAACGAUUGUUUAGUUGCUAAUAAACUGACUUGUAUAAGUGAAUGAUUAGCAUUUAUCUCCAGUGAAAUAAGGAUGAUUAGAAAGUAAUGAGUCAUUGAUUAUUGCUAGUGGAUAAUUACUUGAGUGUUAUUUUAGUGGAAAGACAUUAAAACUAUUAAAUGAUGAGUUGAAUGUGUUGAUCAGUUGCUCUGGUAACAUCUUUUGAACAACAGACUGUUUUAGUGAUUAAAGUGAGGGAGACCACCAUCAGAUUGUCAUGUUUGCUGAAGGUAUUUCAUCCACAUUUUCUUUGUUAUUGUAGCAACAUAUAGUGUUGAUUAACAGUUAAUUGCCUUCCUGUCAAUUUCAAAUUUGAAGUACGACAGAAAAGAAAUUAGUCAUACUACAACUUCCUUCAUGUCAAAGGGCUUAAAGCAAGUGUCGAUUCAACAGCUAGUUGGUCAAAGCAUAUUCUCUAGAACCUCAAUCACAUCUAUGUCUAUGUUGACAUCUGAAAAACAAUAGAGCGCUUCUGGUCCAACUGCAAAUCCAUCAACUUUAAGAAGCUUUAUUAUAAGCAUGUACAAAACACAAAGGGUUUAUUCUGAAAGCUAUGUAUAUAUAUUUCCUUCUCAUGCGGGACAGAUUGACUAAGUUUAUAGCAUGAAACAGCAAAUGUUUACAAGAAGAUUCCCUGAUAUCAGUUAAUAAUACCAAAUAUUGGUGAGGAAUGUACAGUACUAACUUUAAAAUUAUUUAUAUUUGUUGAUUGAAAAAAAAAUGGUAUCCUAUCAGGUGUAACUUUUAGAAAAUAAGCUGUAUAGGCAAUACAUCACACCAUUGUUUGUGGGAAUCGAAUAAUAUAUGAACUGAGAAUUAAAUGGUAAUUUGCUAAA